AUGGUUAUCUCACUCUCCCCGAUCAUGUUGAUGUUCCUAUUUGGCCUGGUGGGCAUUGGGACGGUAUCUGUUCUGCUGCUGCUACUGAUCACCAUAUGGAGAUCAGAUGGAGACAUUCUGCUCAUGUAUGCCGCCAAAUUUGGCAAGUCGAUAGACAGCCUUGCUGGUAAAGUUGUUUGGAUCACUGGCGCCUCUAGUGGCAUUGGGGAAAACAUCGCCUAUUGGUUGGCUAAAGCUGGAUGUAAAAUUGUGCUUACUGCUCGGCCCACGGACAUGGACGAUCUAGAGAGGGUCAAAGAGAGGUGUUUGGAAAUUGGCAAUAACUCUGAGGAAGAUAUACUGAUCUUGCCCUUGGACGUGACAGAAUUUGACAAACAUCGGUCAGCAGUGCAGCAAGUUCUACAAUAUUUCGGCAAGAUCGAUGUCCUCAUCAACAACGCUGGCAAGAGUCAACGAGCAGCGUGGCAUGAAGUGGAACUAGAUGUGGAUCGUGAGCUGUUUGAUGUCAACGUUCUGGGACCUGUGUCUCUGACCCAAGAAGUACUGCCUCACAUGAUCCAACGGAAACAAGGUCAUGUCGUGGUCACCAGUAGUCUGGCUGGCAAACUAGGCUCACCAAACUCGAGGUCAUAUACUGGUGCCAAACUGGCCGUUGCCGGUUACUUUGAAUGCUUGAGGACUGAGAUCAGUAAACACAAUAUUGACAUCACAGUCAUCUGCCCAGGACCCACAUUCUCGAACAUUCUGUUUGAAGCGGCCACAGGGAAGCCUGGAGAAACGAUGGGCAGAAGAAUGAGCCGGAGUGAGAAGAGGAUGCCAACUGACCGCUGUGCAUAUCUGUACUGUGUAGCCAUAGCUAAUAAGUUAUCUGAGGCAUGGAUAUCCCAGCAUCCCAUUCUGACUACUGCCUAUAUUGCACAGUAUUUGCCUGAUAUUAGCCGAUGGCUGUGGAAGAAUUAUGGAAUGAAAAGCAUGGAAAAGAUGAGAGAAGGAAAGUGA